AGAAGAAAAGCUAGAAAGUUCUGCUAAUCCUCUUCGUUUUAAUUAAUGUGGCACCUGUCAGCUGUCAGUAACAAACAAAAACAAGCACAAUUUUUCCUCCUCUUUCUCCGGGACAGCGGCGGAGUCCUCGAACACUAACUUCCUCCCAUCCCAUCGUAAAAACACUCCAUCAUAUCACAUCAGUCAUUCUUCUUCGUCCACAUCAACCUGGGAGAACACCGUGUCGCAAUUUUUCACCUCCUUCGCCUCCUCUUUCGUACUCUCGCCCUAAAAGUAAGAGAAGAAACUACAUAAUAUGCCUUUCCAUUCUCUUGUCCAAUUCCUUCCCCUUUCUCCCUCCGCCUCUCGCUUUCACCAACCAGGAGAGGAGGUGCGAGCGACGCGGGAGAUCAUGAGUGAGGUGAGCACGGGAGGGUGGGCCACGUCCUCAGAGUUGAUCCAUCGCGUGCCCGACUCAACCCCAGCCACACAGGUCACCGUGGAGUGCCUGGUGGUGAACCCUGCCGUCACGCGUCCCAGGAGCAAGACUGUCUUUAUCUCCAUUACCAAGCCGGCAGGUCCUCCGAUAUUUGAAGGCAAUCCGGGCAGAGAUGUCUUGGCGGGGACAACAAUUGACGUGAUCUGCCUGAGCCACGGGGGUCAUCCUGCUCCAAACAUGAGGCUAUACAAGGUCAAUCAGCCCAUCACCACCAUCGUGACAAGGAAGGGCAACGUAACUCGCGCCAAGGCACAGCUGCAGGUCAUCCCGAGCGACAAUGGGUCAGAGGUCACGUGUGAGGUCACCAGCUCAGCCGCCGGCAGACCCAUGACCGCCUCCUUCGCCAUGUCGGUCCUCUUCCCGCCGUGGGAGGUCAACGGAUGGGUGUCGCCGCCCUCAGUGGAAGAAGGAAAAUCGCUCACGCUGUCCUGCCUCUCCUCCCCAAGUCUGCCGCCCUCCAACGUCACCUGGAGGUCACGCUGGAUCACCCUCGAGAGCGCGCAGGUCACCCACAGCCCAGCAGCCUUCGGGGGAUUUUCCACAGAGUCCGAGGUGGUGGUGGUGCGGGCGGCGGCGAGCCACAACGGGCGACCAGUGGUUUGUGAGGCCACCAACGGGCUGGCCUCCCCUGUCUCCACCUCCCUCACGCUUCACGUUCUGCACGCGCCGCUGUGGGUCUCCAAGCCGCCGACGAGGAUCAACGUGACGGAGGGAAGCGACCUGCUGGUGAAGGCCGCUGCCAUGGCCAACCCGGGGCCUAUCAGGUACUUAUGGCGUCGCGUGAAAAGUGAGAGAGACACGAACACUGUUGGCAACGAAGACAGUGAGGAAGACGAAGAGACCCUCAUUGAUCAGGGAAAGCCAGGAUACAGUGGCAGCGAAGGGGAGAUGAGGAUAAGGCGAGUGUCGAGGAAGGAUGCAGGACACUACAGCGUGAAGGUUACAAGUCCACGGGGAACCUCCAGCGCUCCUUUUUACGUCAAUGUCCAGUACGGGCCCGAGGAGGUGGCGGCGGAGGAGCGGCGGGAGGUGGCGGCGGGCGAGGAGGUACGACUCAAGUGUUCCUCCCGCGGCAACCCUUCCCCCCACCUCACCUGGACCCGGAACGCUAAACCCCCGCCAAGACUGGUUGGUGGGCUGGCCUUCGGUGAGGGCGUGGCCUGGCUGACAGUGGAAGCAGCCUCCAUGAAGGACACCGGCGUAUAUUUCUGUCAUGCUCGCAGUCCUCUUGGCUCUGCCACGCCCAGGGCCACACGCCUUGUUGUUCAACAGCCAGCGACUGUGGUCCCUGAUGUGGGUGUUUCCAGCAAACCAACUGAUAAAGAUGAAUUCCACGCGUCGUGGGCGGAGGUGGGUGGCACUGGGCGGCUGGUGUGCCGGGUGCGAGCUGCCCCGCCGCCCACGUUCGUGUGGAGCAGCUCCAGUGAUCUCAUUCUUCUCAACAGCGACAAGUACACCAUCCACGAGCCACAGCUGACGGACGGUCUAGUUACGUGGGCGUCUGUGCUGGAGGUCACAAAGAUACGCCACCAGGACUACACCAGCUAUCGUUGUACGGCACAUAACGCGCUUGGAUCAGAUUCCGUUCUGGUGCACCUCAGACCGCCCAGCCGACCGCUGCCGCCCCUUCAUCUCAUUGUGGCUAACGUGACGGGAGAGGAAGUGUGGCUCACCUGGACACCUAACCUGGGGGGCGGUUCUCCACGGGGCUACACCGUCAGGUACAGACCUGUGAACGAAUCAGAAUACGAGCACCUGGAGGUGGCGGGGGGCAUGACCUCCGUGGUGCGUAUUGAGGGACUGGACCCAGGGCGCCAGUACACUGUGGGCGUGCAGGCCGUCAGCCCGCACGGCCGCUCUCACUUUGUGAGCCGUGCCAUGCUCACCUGGCCAGGUCGAGACACCGAGCCGCCCACCAGCUUCCAGGGACUUGCGGGCGGCAGCGCGGCGGUGGCAGGAGGCAGGGGUGGUGCAGCCGGCGUGGACGGAGGGGGGCAGGGAGGCUCCACUCCCUCCAGGCUGCCACGGUUCAUGCUUCUGCUUCUUACACUGACGGGCGCCGCACUUCUACUCCUUAAUAUAUCCAUCAUCACCUGUUUCGUUCGGCGACGAGCUGCAGCUGCUGCCGCUGCGGCUGCUGAUGCUGCUGCUGCAGUUUCAGCGUCCACCAAAAGUUCUCCUACACCGGGAGUUAAGGAUGGCGGCUCCCCGUCUGCGGUGCCGGGUACUCUCCCUUACCUGCCCCUGCUGCCGCUCACCGCCCUCUCUCCCGGUGGACAGUUACAGUCUCCGACUCUCGACCAAGUGGACAAACUUGUUCUCUGCGGUAAUGGAGGAUUGGUGCCCCCUCCUGCCGCUGCUGCUGCAGCUGUCCCCACAACUACCACAAUUACCACCACACAGCUUUCACCCCGUAAUGGCGGAGUCAUCACAACCAGUAGCACGUUCAUCGCCUUACGGACAACUCCUCCCCGAACGAGCUCGUGGGGAGGCGGCUCUGACGGUUCCACACAUCAACUUUCUGCUGUUUCUAACACUUCUGCAGAAACUAAUUUCGGAGUUCCAGCUUCCAUUACUGCCGCUUUCUCCGCAGGAAGCCCCAAGAUUUCUCGAAGUCCACAUCUUACCGUAAGCUUGCCACAAGGGCCUGACGUCUGCCUUGUAACGCCAAGUACUUACGAGGACAUAUCUGGCCGCCUGAGUAGCCUCCAUCCACCAUCAGAAGACCAAUUAUCUAUCAGCUCAUGUAGAAGCAGUACCAUUGAAAAUUCAAGUGUAUGCUCCUCUCAGGGGCUUUUCCGUCCACUGUCGUCGCUCAGAAAUCUUGAAUACCUGCAAGAAGCACCGGAAAUAGUUCAGGAUGCCGUUAGGUCUCUUCCACGGCCACAGCAUGCGACAUCCCGGUCCUCCUCCCCAGGCAAAGACCACUGUGGCCUUGAGGACUCCCAGUCGACGGAGUACUCUAGCUUGAGCCCUUCCGGCCUCCUCCUGUCGGGAUCUCACUUCCCUAGGUCGCCCUGUAGCCUUGUCUCCUUUACAGGUGGAGCGGGUCGCCAGCACACUUAUACCCCCCUCGCACCCCGACGCCUCACGCCUAUCAAAAUUCCUUGUCCCCGUCCACCCUCCCGUUCCCCUGAUGGAGCAGCAGGUCAACAAGACCACUUCGAGUCCCCCACCGCCUCUACAACAUCGAGUCUUUGUGACCAGGACAGAACAAGUCAUAAGCUCAUGACAGCAACGAAAAAUAAACACGUAUCAGAAGCAAGCACGUCGUCAGAUUUGUCAAAUGCCUCCACAUGUGACACAAGUGCUAAGCUCAAGAUUAACUGUUCCAGUAACACCGUCAGGAGUCCCGUCUCUGAGCAGUCUUUUCAGUUACCCGUUAAUAACCCAUGCGACUCACCUGGUUUGUUGCAGCCGCUCCCUUCGUCCUCCCUCACCCUCAGCCAGCAGCAGGAGGCACAGCACGACCAGGCAAGAGCAGACGAUCCCCUGCAGGAAUUCAGUGGCUCCUCUGGGUACAAUAGCAGCAGUCCGGAUCAGGAUAUGACCAGAGACCCGAGAAAUGAUGUCCUUUGGUCUGAAAAGACAGCAGAGGGUGAAGACGAUCCUAGUAAGAGGGAACCCGAAACUGGAGAACAGUGAGGUGUCAGAUCCUCUUCGCGUGGAGGUAACAUCAUCCACGUGUUAUUGGUAUUCAAUCAAAAGAAUACGAAGCGAGGCUGGAAUCCUGUAGAUGCUCGGAAGCGUCGACAGCAAAAAGGUUUGUAUUUAGCGCGGAGAUAAAUUAGGAAAUAUAUUUUACACGAAUUCGUAUUUGUAAAUGCCAACAAUGUAUAACUUGCAUAUAUGAUGUAUAAAUGUUAUUUCUAUAUUAAUAUACACAUCUUUGAAAUAA